UGUACACACAUUUACUAUAUGUCUGUGAUUUUGUGAAAACAUUUACACUAACAAAUACUUGGGGAAAAAAACAGAAACACAGAAUCUUUAUUCUCCUUUAUGAUAAAAUAUUUACUGUUUUAGUGCCGUUUUAUGGUUUUCGUCCAGUUAAUUUCGAAUCUUGCGCAUGGUUUUUUAAAAUUGUUUUUAUUUUGUAUGUUUUUGCUUCUUUUUUUUUUUUUAAAUUGUGUCUUAGAAUGUAAAUGUAGGAUAAAGUAUGUGUAAUAAGGGGGGGGCAGAAGAAGAAGAAGAAGAAGAAGGAAAAACCAAGAUUCACCCAAUGUAUUUCCGGGUGUGUUAACGAAUAACUUCCUGUGUCAUACAAUUGUCUCAAACAAUUUGGCGGUUUGUAGGAAGUCGUUAACGAAACAAAUUCUUUAGUUAAGUCAGCUGUUGUAAGAAAUCAAGUUUUACUUCACCGACUCGUUUAACUAAAUUAUUAAUGUUGUUCAGCGGUUCAAUAUCUCUCUGUUUUCUCCUUUUAUCCGUUGCUUUUAUUGAGGAGUGUCAGUAUGCUAUGUAGGGCGUUGUGCCCCGCGGUUAGCUAACUGUGUGUCGUGUGUUAGCUCCGCUCCCUGACUGCACUCAGCUGAGCUCGGAUUCCUUCACACGACUAGCGGGCAGCUGUUUAACUGCCCAGAGGAUUUAUACGUUAAGAAUGAUGUGUAAUGUUCAGGAUGCCGGUGGUAAAUAUUUAUGGUGGUGUCUUCAGAGUCUUGAGUUCCAUCUCGAUGUGGCUGCCAGCACGAAAGGAAAAACAAACAUGAAGCAUCUCAAUCUGGGGAUGAACAUGUUUGAUAAACCAAAUAAGGAGGCCGCCUACCUUGUGGUCCAUUUCUUGUUUAAGAAGCUGAACCCUUCACGUGUGCAGGAUGUCUUUAGACAUUGCUGGCCAGUUUUGGAUCACAAGGCAGAUGCUGAAUUUCGUAAGGUGACAUUUGGAUGGCUCCAGGAAAUAGUGAACGAGAAAGGGAGCAAUUUUCCCAAGGUGGUUGCAUCACAUUUACACUCUUCUUCUGGACCAAGAUUCAUCAAUCUUAUGCUUCACUUAGCUAAAUAUGUCAUGCUAAAAAUUAUGAGGACUUCAAGCACAGAUGGCACAUGGGUUCCAGAGGCUGCAGCUGUUCCUGCAAGUUCUCAAGAGUUGGAGAUGAAGCGAUUUCAGAUGGUGAAGAGACGCUUCCAGAGAGUGUCCGUGAAGCAAGACGCUUUCAUUCAGGAAUAUCAGAAGAGAGCUAGACAUUUGGAGAAGUCUUUGAAGGACCACAAGGCAGAAGAUGUCAAGUAUGAUGAUUUGCUCAAGAAAUAUGAGAACAAGACCAACUUGGAAAAAGACCUUCUGGAAAAGAUUCACAAGGUUCAAAGCAUGUGGGCUGAGAUUGACGAAUCUUUGUCCAGGCUAGAAGGAGAGCGGAGUGUGUUGGCCAGUGUGAUCGAGGGCAAGGUUGAUCAGUAUGUGUUGGAUGGAAAGGAUAUUAGUGUGAAGAUUCCUGCAGUUCUUCUGGAGAGAAUGGAGAGGUUAUCACCUCAGACCAGUCCUGGUAGUUUGUAUGAGGGAGGUCUGCCAGUCAUCCUGCGUUUGUUUGAGCUUCUGAAUGUGGGAUUAAGACUCCUGAACGAAGAGCGAGCCAAGCUUUCAGGUCUGACGUCACAGCUCAGCCACCAACCUCUCCAGGAACAAGCUUUGCUCAUGAAUCGUUCAAAGGAGAUGCUGAAAAACAUGAGGCGCAAGUUGACCAAGGAGGAUAUACCACAGAUUAAGAGUAACAUAAAGAAGCUGGAGUUGGACUGGGAGACAAAGUGGGCUGAAUGUUUGAGUCACACUCCCUUGAUCUCUUUCCUCAAUGAUGAUCCUGUCUUAGACUUCCUUUCUCCAAUGCCUCCACUAUCCUUCGAAGCAGCUUCUGAAGUUAGCUUCAAGGCUAGUAUCUUCUCACACUAUCCAGCUAAACUUUCUGAACUAGCAGGACAGACUCCUAAAGAUGAACAUUGUAAUGUUGAGCAAGAAGUCAAAACAGAUGGUGAUUUCUUAAGCAGCUCUCUUCCAAUAGAGGACAAAACAGAAGACACACUUUUUUCCAGUUGCUUUGCUUCACCAAGGCCAGUGACUCCAUGUGGUGUUCAUCGUUUAACUCCUGCUUGUGUUAAGAUGCCAUCAGUUGCUCCUACACCCAGCCCUUUUCAGGCGAGCAAGAGCAGACCCUUGCCUUCACAAACGAAGACGUCUGCUGUGAGGCCAAAGGCUCAGAUUCUGGAUUUGGAAUAUGAGAAUCUAGCAAGUCAGUUUGCUGACGCUGUGACCAUGAGUCCAGUGGAUGGAGGAAGAAGAAGCGGUAUGGAGCUGGAGCAGUUGCUCAAUACAUUAUCAGACCCCUUUACAGCAAAGAAACAGCUCCCUCGCACACCAGAAAGCUUGAUUAUGGAUGUCAGAACAUCAUGGAGAAAAGCAGUGGAAGAAGGGAAGGUUGAGAAAAAGCAUGAGAAAUGUAAUGAUAGCCUAACGCCAAUUUUUGAGAUUAAAGAAAGAAGCCCCAAUCCAGAAACCUUUUCCUUGAGAGAUUCUUCAAUACUGAUGGCUAACCCUCUCCCAUGUAGUCCCCUUCCACCCCAGCAGGGGACCUCUCAGCACUCUACUCUUGCCUGGGACAUGUCGCAUCUGGAGGCUCUAAGCCAAACCUCCAGCAACAUCAUCCACUUCAGCAUUGAUCAUGAGACAUUUCCAGAUCCAGAGAAUGACACUUCAUUCAACUGCAGUGAUUGCUCACAGGUGGUGGAAGAACUUCUUCUCCCCCCAGUUACAGCAUGCUCUCCUGCAGUAGAAACUACACACCAAAUGGUUCGAAGACAUCUGAAUGAGUCCCCUUUUAUGGGGAGGUUCAAGGACACACACGCUGACUUCAUGCCAUCAGCAUUAAGGACAAGUCCAGGGUUGGGUAGUUGUAGUGGGGAGAAGGUAUUUUCUCUGGACUUGGACCAAUUGGAGAGUUUCUCCUCUCCUCUACGAGAGGAGCUUACCCUACCCAAUCUUAUAGCAUUCUCACCUAUGGAUGAGCUCUAAUCAGAGUCUGGUGUCUUAAUUCAUAGUACAAACAGUUCAGGGAACAACUACUGUUUUUCACCUUUCUGUGUUACAGUGCCACUAUUGACAGACUGGUUGUGGGGAACUCUGGAAGUUGAAAUCUGGAGAAACUUUUACUCUCUAACCUUGCAGCUUUUCUCUUUUUAAAGUAGCUCUGUUCAGUCCUAACAACAAUGUGUUUAUUUCAACACCUGGUUUGUCUUAAUCAAAAUCCAAGAUUUGUACUAAUAUUUUUUUUUUUUUAAAUGUUCAUUGUUAUGAAUGACGUGAGCAAUUCUAAGAGAAGAUUGGACAGGUUUAAGAACGGCCAAUAUGAAUUUAGGCUAAUGCAACGAGAAUGACUUAAGCAGUUUCUCAAUUGUAAUAAAGUAUCUUUGUGCACUGUUGAUUGAGUUUUUUUGUGUCUUAAUUAUACCAGAGUGUAAAUUUCCAUAAACAAGCUCAAUCUGUACACUCUGAAGAGUGUAGCGGAAUACAUUCAUUGUCCUGCUUUUUCAUGAUGGGGGUCAGUCCAGACUUUGCUAUUGCCAGCCAUAGAUUGCAGCUCCUCCUGGGACAUCUGCAGAUAUUGCCAAGCCACCGCUGAGAUACAGGGUGCUUCUCAAUAUUCAAAUUGAUGCUUCCUCGCUCCUCUGUCCUCCAGCCCAUGACCUAGAAAUUGAUCGGUCAACCAUCUUGAAGUACAUAGCAAUUCUCUAUUUGCUCCGUGAGGAAGCUUCCAGCAGCGCUAGGAGUGAGGAUACACAGGUGUAUCCUAUGCGGAAGUGCUUCUUGUCAAAAACUGAUGCAUGUAUAAAUUCCCCUCCUCCUUUACAUCUACAAUCUUGAACAAAAAGUCCUGUGAUGAUGUGAUGGAAUUUUGUGUGAAAUAUAAUUAAAUAAUAGGCUUACAAUAAGUAUUGUAAUUAAUUGAUCCUUGCAUGUUUGCAUAUGCAGAGCUGCACAAAAGAUGUGAUAAAUUGUGUAUUAAUUCAGUGUGGAAUAACCCAGACAUUUCAUAUACUAUCAGUGCAUUUUGCUUUAUUAAGAAUGUUAUUAACCAAACUCCAACAACAUAACAGCACACCCUGAAGUGCAGUGAGGUCAUCCAUUUGAGCACAGUCAUCAUUAACUGGUGUUGCUUUGAAGUGAUGCUUGAGAGAGAGCGAGGAUAUUAUGUUCCAUUUGACUUGCUUCGGUUUCUCUCUCCUCAGAUCUCAUCCUUGCAUCUUUCCCUAAGGUGGGUGGAGCUAAGAUGUGAGAAAGGAAACGAGGAUGAAGAAAUGAGAAGCACCCAGAAACUCUCUAGGGGGUCCUGGGUCUGCUCCAGCAUCUUUGUCCAGUAAGAUGCAUGAUACUACUAUAGUGGGAGCUGACCAAGCACCCUUCCUUGUAAGGUGU